CCGCGAAAAAAGUCUCGAUUCGACCUCGCCCUAGACCUUCAACCCAGAAUCCCAUACGAAUCAUUUCGGAAUGAUUGUUUAAACGGUCGGCUCUAUAAGCUGAGCCGGGCAGAUCUGCUUUCCAAUUCACUACUGAGAGAGUGACAUCUACUUGUUCCUCAAAAUCUGCUGCAACCCCCCCCUCAAUCGGAGAAUUAUCACGAAGAAACAUCCCCUGUCGCGAACAAUCACGAAGCGCGGUCCCCUGUACAAGAGGAAGAAUACACGGCCAGGAAGGAGGGUCUUCUUUUAUUAUACCGACGAAAGACAUAGAUCAACCAUCAGAACCAGGAAACGAGGAGCAAGGAAAUCGCAACAAUGGACAUCCACCGCUGCCGUUUUGUCCCCUACAACCCGCAAGCGAUCAAUGCGCUCGCCUUCUCACACCCUCCCUCGGCUGAACUCGCCGGUCGGGGUGUGCCGACGCUGCGGCUCGCGAUCGGACGCGCCAACGGCGACAUAGUGAUCUGGAACCCGCUGCGCGGCGCCUGGUUCCAGGAGACGGUGCUGCGGGGAGGCAAAGACCGGAGCAUCGAGGGUCUGGUGUGGACGCAGGAUCCGCAGGAGGCCGGGCCGGAGGGCACCAAGCUGCCGGGCAAGCUGCGGCUGUUCAGCAUCGGGUUCUCGACUGCGGUGACGGAGUGGGAUCUGGAGCAAGGGCGGCCGCUGCGUCACUCGAGCGGUAACUACGGCGAGAUCUGGUGUCUGGCGGCGCAGCCGCGCUGGCAGGCUUCCUCGCGCAAGGGUGGUGCUGGGGCUGCCCCCGCUGAGGGCGAGUAUACGGGCCAGCAUCUGGCGGCCGGCUGUGCGGACGGAUCGAUUGUGAUCUUAUCCACCGCCGAGGGGGAUCUCCAGUUUGUGCGGCUGAUGCGGCCGUCCACGAAACGGUCGCGCGUGCUGAGCGUCACCUUCCAGAACCGGAACACGAUCGUGGCCGGCUAUGCGGACAGCUCGAUUCGCUUGUUCGAUAUCCGCAAUGGCCAGCUGCUGCGCACGAUCUCGCUCGGCAAAGGCCCCUCCGGUGGCACUAAGGAGUUGCUCGUCUGGUCAGUCAAGUGUCUUCCAGAUGGGACGAUUGUGUCGGGCGAUUCGGCGGGUGAGAUCCGCUUCUGGGACGGGAAGAACUACGCCCUCAUUCAGCGGCUGCAGGGCCAUCUGGCGGAUACGUUGGAUGUGGCAGUGAGCGCGAAUGGAGAUACCGUUGUUAGUGGUGGUGCCGACCAGAGAACGGUCGUCUACCGGAAGAAGGAUGGCGAGAAGAACGACAAAGCCCGUUGGGCGGAGGUCAUGCAUCGUCGGUACCACACGCAUGAUGUCAAGACCUUUGCUGUCUACGAGACGAGAGAUAUCAGUAUUGUUGUGUCUGGAGGUCCCGACGCAACCCCCGUUGUCCUCCCGCUCCGCGAGUUUGGCAAGGAACACCACAGAAAACUGUCGAGCCUGCCUCAAAUACCCCAGCUUGCAUCCUCGCCUUCGUCCCGACUAGUCAUGAGCUUCUGGGACCGCGAGGUCAGCAUUUGGCGCAUGCUGCGGGGGCCCGCGUCGCACGAUAUCCCUGACGGACAACGGCAUCGCUUGGUUGCAAAGGUUUUGAUUCAGGGCGAAGAAAACAUCACCUCGGCCAUGCUAUCUGCAGACGGAAAGAUCCUAGUCGUGGCCACCAUCUCCACGGUCAAAGUCUUUGCCGUGCGUCGACGCAAGGGUGACGAGAAGGGCACUCUCCGCGUUCAGAAGUUAGAUGUUCCCGAGGCGCUCACAGAGGAUGGAGCGCGAGUGGUGACCGUGUCCCCCGACAGCCGGUGGAUCUGUGUUGUUCGCCCGAACAGCAAUCUCUACCUUGCCCGCAUUCAAACCGCCCCGGCCGCUCAAGAGAAGCCCCAAAUCCUGCCCCAUCUUGUCAGGCUCAACCGGGCUUCUCGCCACCUUCGCUUCGAGAAAGCCUCCCACGGUACCCUCGGCGACUACGAGCGGACGGUGCGUUGCGUCGUGUUCUCCCACGACAGCAACGUCGUCGCCUCGGGCGAUCUUUCCGGCUGUGUCGACUCCUGGGUGCUGGAGCAAGCCGGCGAGUCGGCUUCCAGCAAGAACAAGAAACCCAGUGCCGAUUCUGACGACGACGAGGAAGAUUCCGACGAUGAGGACGAAUCGCCGGUCAUCGAGGGCGAACGGUGGAAGUACGCGGCCGCCGAGUCCCCCAUCCCGCGUCUCAAAUCGGGCGUUGUCCUCCUCUCCUUCCGGCCUGCCAACCUAGCCAAGACCAAACUUCUGACCAACGGCGCCGACAACAGCAGCAAGAAGAGCAGCGAAACCCGGCUGAUGGCCCUGACGAGCGAGCACCAGCUCGUCGAGUUCGACGCCGCCGAGGGCAAGCUGUCCGACUGGUCGCGCCGCAAUCCGAAGGCCUUCCUCCCGGCGGAGUUCCGGGGCGUCAAGGACCGCGCCAUGGGCUGCGUGUGGGAUCUGUCCAAGACGCGGGAGCGCCUUUGGCUGUACGGCACCUCUUGGCUGUGGAUGUUCGAUCUGAACCAGGACUUCCCCUCUCCCGAGGAACUCACCGCCGCCGCCGACCUCCCCUACCAACCCUCCUCUACCACCUCCACCUCCGCCCCCAAGAACAAGACCACCUCCACCCCCAGCAAGAACAACACCAACCCGAACACCCAACUCGCUACCACCAACGCCAACCAAAAACGCAAACGCGACCUCACGGAGGAUGACGCCCGCACGAGCAAGAAACCCAACAGCGGCGCCGGAGACCGCAUGUCGCUCGCGCAAUCCGACGUCUUCUUCGGCACCAAAAUGCGCAGGAUCGACGGCGCCGACGACACGCAGGCCGAAGUGAUCUCUCUCGAGAAGGCCCCUCGGGCCCACCACCAGGACGACGACGACGAUAACGCAGAAGAUGACGAGGAACGCGCCGCGCAGAAUGAAGUCGCCCUGGCGCGCCUCCGUCGCGAGCGCCAGACCAUCGAAACCAGCACCCCGAUGAAGCGCGUCUCUAUCGGCGGCAGACAGGACAAGCUCCUGCUCGCCGGCGGGGCUCAUGACGCAGUAGACUCGCCUUCCCCCUCCUCGCACACCAAGCAGAUCGUCUUGGCCGGCGCCAGCAGCACGGAUGUCGCCAACACCCUGCCCGGUCGCCGGUGGUGGCAUACAUAUAAGUACCGUGAUUUGCUGGGCAUCGUUACCCUAAGCGGUAGCGGCAGGGAUGAAGACGAGGACGAGGACGAGGAGGCAGAGGAGCGCGGCGCGGAUGGGUUCCUGGAGGUCGCUAUCGUGGAGAGACCGAUGUGGGAUGUUGCAUUGCCGGAGAAAUGGGUGCGGGAUUACGAGUAAAGGUGGUGCUAGCUGUCAAAUCACAGGCUGUAAGCUGUUGUUGCUGUCAUAGAAGCUGUAGAGCAGAGAGGUUGUUGAGACAGUUUGUUUAUAGAUUCCGGCGCUGAAGGGCGCUUGGAGGUGGAGGAAGGAAAAAAAAUCAAUUAUACUCAGUUUCACUC